AAAUAGUUAGAUAUUAAGAAUUAUAUCAAAUCUGGCAACAAUGCAUCGAUAUGAUGCUCUGCAAAUGUGUUUAAUACGAUUCAUUCAAUGUAGAGACGUAAAGACGAUAAAUAUAAAACUGCCUUAUCAGUCAUAUGUGUAUAUCAUUAAAAACCUGAAGAAAUCUCGCUCGACAACGUUACAUGGUGUCAGGUGUAAAACACGAUAAAUUCAUAAAACGUAUUCAAGAAAUUAUUAAUUUUCAAAAUGGAGGGUUUGAGAACUCCAACUACAAUGGAGUUUUCUGGAAACAUUUCAAAGAAUUGGUCCACGUGGAUACAAAAAUUUAACCUGUACAUGAAAGCAUCAGGAAAAGACAAAGAAGAGGAUGAAAGUAUAAAAGUUGCGAUACUUUUGCAUUUAAUUGGCGACGAGGGUAUUGAAAUCUAUAAUACAUUCAAGCUAAGAAGUUCAGCGAAAUUAGCAGAUGUUAUAGACAAAUUCAAGAAAUAUUGUGAACCUAAAAAGAAUUUGAUUUACGAGAGAUACAAAUUCUUAAGCUGGAAUCAAAAAGAGGGACAAUCGUUGACGCAAUAUAUAUUAGAAUUGAAAACCAAGGUAGCAACGUGCGAAUAUGAAAAGGACAUGGAAAUGGUGAGAGACAAGCUGAUAAUGGGGAUUUGUGACAACCACCUUCGGGAAAAAUUACUACAAAUUGAAGAUUUGACCAUGGCAAAAGCAGAAGAAAUUUGCCAAAUUUUCGAGACAAGUCGCAAGCAGACAACGGAAAUGGGCAAUAAAGGAAUGGAAAUGGCAAUGGAUGCAAUCCAGGAAGAUUCACGGAAAAAUCGAGGAAACUUUGAUCGGAAUAAGAUAAGUAACUCAAAUUUUAAUAAAAAGAAUCAGGUCCAUUUAAUUUGUAAAAAAUGCAAUUUGAAUCAUGAAAAAAAUAAAUGUCCAGCAUAUGGUAAAAUAUGUAGAUUUUGCAAGAAAAUGAAUCACUUUGAAACUUGUUGUAUAAAAAAGAUGUUCCUUAAAUCCAAGAAAAGAGAGGUUAAUGAAAUAAAUGAAGAAUUCAUAGAUUCCGAUUCUAGUGAUAAUUUUUCGCUUGAAACUGUAAAUAUAGUAGAGACAGAAAAUGACAUAGUUGAAAAUAUUUCUGAAUUAAAUAUUAUAAAUGAAAUAACUGAAAAUGUUAAGAUUAAUGAUAAAAUUGUGUGUUUUAAGGUCGACACUGGAGCUCAAUGUAAUAUUCUGCCUGCCAAUGUUUUUCAAAGUCUGAUAAAGAGCAAGAAAAGUGGUUCAGGGCUACAAAUAAACAAAAAUCAGAAAGUGAAUUUGGUUGCUUACGGUGGAAGCAAGCUGGAUGUAAGAGGAUCUAUACAUAUUAACUGUAAUAUAAGGAAUGAGGUAUACAAUUUGAAAUUUUUAAUUGUAGAAGAGCAGGGUAAACCAAUUUUAGGGUUAGAAACUAGUAUGAAAUGCAAUUUAAUAGAUAGACAUGAUUUUGGUCUAUCACCUGCUCAAUUAUUACUCAGUCGUCGUCUGAAAGAUGACAUACCUGUCAUGGAUCACUUGCUUCAUCCUAUAGCGAUAAAUAAGAAAUUUAUUCGUGAGAAAUUUGAAAAUAGAAGGUUGAAACAGAAAAAUUAUUAUAAUAGACAUGUGAAAAACUUGGCAGAAGGAAAAAUAGGUGAUAGGGUGUUGUUUAAAUAUAAAAAUGUUUGGAAAGAAGGAAAAAUAGGUGAUAGGGUGUUGUUUAAAUAUAAAAAUGUUUGGAAAGAAGGAAAGAUUGUUAAUUUAUGUGAGGAACCACGAUCUUAUCAUGUCAUAGAUAUUGAGAAUAGAAUUUUCAGAAGAACUAGACAACAUAUCAUUUUGCUUAAUAAUAGUUAUUUCAAAUUUCAUAAUGAUAAAACAAAUGAAGGUACAUGGAUAAUCAAAGAUCCUGAAAAUCUUGUAGAUAUUAAUAGAGCUAGAUUCAGUCUGAAUAUGUGUAAGAAUAAGCAUGAUUAUAACUUGAGAGAGAGAAAAAAAAUCAACUAUAAAGAGUAGUAUUUCUUUAUUAAUAUGUACUCACAUAAUAGAUGAAUUAAGUAAGCUUAGGUAGACUAGAAUUAGAUAGUUAGGUAUAAUGUUAGUUAUAGAUUAGUUGAAUAGAAUGAGAUAAUUAUAUUGUAUAAAAAAAAUAAAAAAAAAAAAUUAAAAAAAAAAAAAAUAAUUAAGAUAUGACUUUAGCUUAAGGGGAAAGAUGUAACAUAGUCAACAUUGUAAAUAGUUAGAUAUUAAGAAUUAUAUCAAAUCUGGCAACAAUGCAUCGAUAUGAUGCUCUGCAAAUGUGUUUAAUACGAUUCAUUCAAUGUAGAGACGUAAAGACGAUAAAUAUAAAACUGCCUUAUCAGUCA